AUGAGACCAACUAUUUCGUUUUUCUUCUUUCUUCUCUCGAUUACUGUAUGGAGUUUGGAUGGAAGUUGCUUGAAACCACGUCCCACUCGUUCAUAUAUUCACAGUCUUUUUGAAAAUUCUGAUGUAAUUGUGGCUGGUAUUAUCAAUGGAAUUUCAUAUCGAGUUGAUUCCUUGUAUAUUGAGAAUAUUACUGUAAUUCCUGGAAGAAUCUACAAAGGACGAGAGUACAUCGAAGAGAAUAAGAAUAUUGUAAUCAGUAAUAUUCUCGAAACAGAACCAUGUGCUCAUCGUCUUCUCGCUUCUGAUGUCAGAAUAUUUGCUCUGACAAAUCAACAAGGCUCAUUUCUUCUAGAUGCUCCGAUGAUACGUGUCAGCCUUCCAAUUUUUGAUACUUUGUACACAAUAUCUAGAAAGCAGGCACAUCGGAAAAGGAGAAGAACCAAACAAGCUGUUUGUGAAGCGUCAUUAUGUCCAUUUGGAUCAAAAUGUGGAUUGAAAACAGGAGUCUGUGAAUGCAAAGCAAAAUGUCGAGUUGUAACAGACGUAGUCUGCGGAUCUGACCAUGUAUCAUACUCAUCAUUCUGUCAUUUAUCAGUAAGAAGUUGUGUGUUGGCAAAGAAAGGAGUCCGUCUUCGAGUUGCUGCUAAAGGCCCAUGUAAGAAACGAUAUCCAUGUGAAGAUCUGAGAUGUGGACCAGGAGAGGACUGUGUAGUGAAUCAAAUAAAUGGAAUCCUUUUGGCUCAAUGCGUGUGCCCAACUCAAUGUCCUAAUUACGGUGAUUCCGUUGAAUCGUCACCUGUCUGCUCAUCUCACGGUGUUGAUUACCAAUCUUCGUGUCAUCUGAGACAUCACGCUUGUGAAUCAAAGACAAAUAUAACAGUCAAGUUUUAUGGUAGAUGCGACCCUUGCCACGGUCAUAAAUGUCCAAAUGGUCAGACAUGUCAACUGGGAAUUGAUAGAAGACCCGAGUGCAGAUGUAGUGAGCAAUGCUCUAUGAAUAGUGCACAUGUUUGUGGAACAGACGGAAAAACAUACUUGAACGAGUGCUUCUUGAAAUUGGCUGCUUGCAAAGAACAAAAAGAUAUUAUAAUUUGGAAGAGAGGAAACUGUGAUGAAGUUGGAAGUCCAUGUGAGAAAAUGGAGUGUGGAUUCUGGGGAAGUUGUGUUGUGAAACCGGAUAGAACUGCUGAAUGUGAAUGUCCCUCGAAGUGUGAAGAUGUGAUGAGACCUGUUUGUGCAACGAAUGGAGAAACAUUUGAUAAUGAAUGUGAAAUGAAAAGAAAAAGUUGUGAGACAAAAGCGAUGAUCAAAGUGAAACAUCAAGGAACUUGCGGAAUCGGAGUCUGCGCAACUUUCAAUUCGUGCAAGAAACCACAAGUAUGCGUGGCAGUAGAUGGAAAACCGAAAUGUGUCUGUCCCUCGUGUACUGAUGAACUGAAAGAAGUGUGUGGAAGUGAUGGGAAAACAUAUUCGAAUGAAUGCAAACUCCGAAAUUCUGCUUGUCUGACACAGAAGGAUAUCUUUGUAAAGUACAACUCAGUUUGCGAAGGUUGCAAAGACAAGAAAUGUGAUUUCUAUUCAACUUGUGUAGUCGGAGACAAUCACAAACCAGAAUGUAAAUGUCCCGAUGACUGUCCAUUGUACUCAAUGGGACAAGGGAAAGAAGUAUGUGGAACUGAUGCAGUGACAUAUUCAUCUGAAUGCCAUCUGAGAAAAUCUGCAUGUCAUCAGAAGAAGUUUAUUGUGAUGGCGUUCGAAGGGAAAUGUGACGAAUGCCUUCAUGUUCAGUGCCGUUACGGAGAAGAAUGUCGUGGCGGAGUCUGUAUCUGCUCCUACAAUUGCCCUGCAAAUCCGCCUCUUUCUGCGAGAAUUUGUGGAGAGAAUGGAGUACUGUACCCCUCUCUCUGCCAUCUUCAACUGGCAUCUUGUCAAAAAGGAGCCCCGAUUUCUGAAAUGCCUCCAGCUCAUUGCCACUCUGCACAAACUACAUUCCCAGUAACAAAGAUGGUUCGAAGAUUUCGUGGAAGAGGAAAAAGGGUUGAGAAUGAAAUUUCAGAUUCUUGUGAAUGUAAUCGAGUUGGCUCGUUUGGUCAUAACUGUGAUGAAUCAGGACAAUGCAAGUGUCGACCGGGAGUUGCUGGAAUGAAAUGUGAUCAUUGUCUUCCUUCAUUCUGGGGAAUUCAUCUGAUUGCUCAAGGAGCAUUGUCUUGUAGACCCUGUGGAUGUAGUGCUUUCGGAUCAGCCAGAUCUGAUUGUGAGCAAACAACUGGAAAAUGUGAGUGUAAAAAUGGAGCGUUGGGAGACAAAUGCAACCUCUGCCCGAAUGGAUUUAUGAUGGCUGCAGAAGGAUGUGUACCGACUACUGACUACAAAACACCGAGAGAUUGCCAUUCUCUUCGUUGUUUCCACGGAGCAAAGUGUGUUCCAUCCCCAGCAAGUUUCCCAGAUUGCGUAUGCCCACAGACAUGUAAUAUGGAUCAUCUUGGAGUUGUUGCCAAUAUGACAGUCUGUGGAUCUGAUGGAACAACUUAUUCGAAUCUUUGUGAAUUGAAAAUGUUCGCUUGUAAACAUCAGAUGGACGUUGUUCCGGUGUCAAUGGGAAUAUGUGAUGACGAAAGUUUCGAAGUGCUUGAUCGUCUGCAAAGAGAACAAAACUCGGAGGAAAAACGACUGGGAUCACCAUGUACACAACAUGAAGAGUGUGAAAAACUAUCUGCUCAGUGUAUCACUCGCCCAGGAAGAAAAUCAGUUUGUGAUUGUGGAGAAGGAUGGAAGAGUCAUCAAGGAUUAUGUGUUGAGAUUUCAAAGAAAAGGAAAUACGACCAACUUGAGUUGACAACAGACCUAGAUUCGGAUUGGUUUGUAGUGAGAAAGGAUGUGAGAAGAUUCUCCAAACUUUCCAUGCACAUUCAUUUGAAAGAGAAACGAGAGGGAACACUGAUUCGAAUGAUGACAGAAGACAAAAAAGAUUUGGAAAUCGUUCACGAAAACCGGCGGAUCGUGAUCAAAGUUGGCAAAGCACGAGUCGAAUCUUUGCAGACGAUCGCUUAUAAUGUUAGCUUGGAGUUGAAAUGGAGACGGAAUGAAGUUCAUUUCAAGUUGAAUGGUGAAAUCCAGAAGAACACUUUCGAAGAUGUUCUUGACUCUCCCGUGAAGAAAAUUUUCAUUGCGACCGAUGGAAAAUGGACGAAAAAUCGUCUGAAUGCUAUAAUUGGAUUCUUGGAAAUUGAUGAUGCUCCUGUUAGAAUCGAUGACGUGAAACCGUUCUAUAUGCCACCAGAAAUCUCUCGGAUUGUGAGAUUUAAAGAGAAUGGAUACUUGAAAUAUGAAAACUUGAACAUGGAUGUUCGAGAGAAAACCUUUGUUGAAAUCUCAUUCAGACCUUACCGAACAAAUGGUCUUCUAUUCUAUUGGUCUGUUCCAUCAGAUCCCCACACCGACUUCAUCGCCUUCGCUAUGAUCGACGCAAAGCCGCAUUUCGUGUAUGAGCUUGGAUCCGGAUUAUCCUAUAUUCGCGGUGAGCCGAUUCCAUUGAACUCUUGGCAUACUGUACGGAUUGAGAGAUUUGCGAAAGAUGUGUCAAUGUUUGUAAAUGGAACGCUUGUCAAGAAACACACGUCACAAAGUAAAAAUGCACAUUUGGACAUUGUCAAGAAGGAUGUGCUGUUUGUUGGAUUCGUACCAGAUGGAGAGAUUUCACAUAAAGUUCGAAAACUGAAUGUUCCAUUCGAAGGAGAGCUGCAAGAGUUGAAAAUUAAUGAGCUGCCAAUCAAUUUGAUCUCUAUUAAAUGGCCUGACAUCGACCAAAGAGUUGAGGUUAUUCUGGGAUCAGACACAUUGAAACAAGAUGAUGUUAGUUGGUGA